AUGUCUCAAAUGAAAUCCGUCGCCUACUUUGUCAACUGGGCAAUUUACGGCCGCAACUAUAAUCCACAGGAUUUGCCGGCAGAGAAGCUCACGCAUAUUCUCUAUGCGUUCGCCAAUGUCCGGCCUGAGUCUGGCGAAGUGUACUUGACCGACUCUUGGUCCGAUAUCGAGAAGCACUAUGACGGGGACUCCUGGAAUGACGUUGGUACCAAUGUUUAUGGAUGCGCCAAGCAGCUUUAUCUGCUCAAGAAGCGGAACCGCAAGCUGAAGAACUUGCUGUCUAUCGGGGGUUGGACCUACUCAGCCAAUUUCGCACAGCCUGCAAACUCGGACGCUGGGCGGACUACAUUUGCAGAAACAGCGACGCGCCUUGUUCUGGAUCUUGGAUUUGAUGGCAUUGAUAUAGAUUGGGAGUAUCCUGCUGAUGACACCCAGGCUAUGAACCUUGUUCUUCUACUCCAGAAGUGUCGCGAGGUUCUUGAUAAUGCAGCUGGUCCUGAUCGUCAUUUCUAUUUGACUAUCGCCUGUCCUGCAGGACCCAACAACUAUGAAAAGCUCAGACUGCAGGAGAUGACUCCGUUCUUGGACUUCUAUAAUCUAAUGGCCUAUGAUUUCGCCGGAAGCUGGGACCAGAAUGCUGGCCACCAAGCGAACAUCGUCAAGUCGAACUCCAACCCAGCAGCCACUCCAUUCUCAGCCGAUGCUGCUAUCAACUACUACAUCAACGUUGGUGGUGUGCCCCCUUCGAAGAUCGUGAUGGGAAUGCCAUUGUAUGGACGUGCAUUCACCAACACUGCUGGACCUGGCGCUCCAUUUUCGGGAGUUGGCGAAGGCAGCUGGGAGAACGGUGUCUGGGAUUACAAGGCACUGCCCAGGCCAGGGGCCCAGGAGCAGUUUGAUGCAGAGUCAGGAGCGUCGUGGUGCUACGAUGGCGCUUCGCAGACCAUGGUCUCAUACGAUACCAUUCACAUGGCACAGGUGAAGGCCAACUACAUCCAGCAGCGCGGCCUGGGUGGUGGUAUGUGGUGGGAGAGCAGCGGCGACAAGGGUGGCCCGACAGCAAAUGCAUCUGAUGGAAGUCUGAUCGGUGUCUUCGUCGACGCUGUGGGUGGACCAGGAGCCUUGGACCAGUCGGCAAAUGCUCUUAAAUAUCCUGAGAGCAGGUACAGCAACAUCCAAGCUGGUCUCCCUGAUCAGUAG